CUUAACAUGCAGAUCUGCGCAUUUCUUGCAAUUGCCUUGUGCGCCUUCAUCAGCUCGGCGAAGUCGCUUCCAGCCACCAUGGACCGCGAGGAGAUCCAGCAGCAGCCAAGCAUGGAGACGACAGACAGCCAGAGUCUAAUGGACUUGGCCGAUCUGGGUGCAGAGCAUGCGGAUGAGAGUGCACGCAAAGCCCGUUGGCUGUGGGGCGGCGGUUGGGGCGGAGGCUGGGGAGGCGGCUGGGGUGGCGGCUUGGGAGGCACUUGGGGAGGCUUCGGAUACGGCUAUCGACCAUUUGGCUAUUAUCGACCGUAUGCCUAUUACCGACCAUGGGGCUAUGGCUAUCAUCAUCAUUGGUGGUAA